UAGUUCACGACUAUUUCCAACGUACCACAAAAUCUUAAAACACCUCCAGAAAAAUCCUUUGGACUUAUAAUCGUUUAGCUCAAAAACACUUAAUGGAGCCAGAGGCUGAGAUUGAUCGGUUGCCUCUGGACCUCUUGGCUAAUAUCUUUGUUCUCAUCACUUCCUUCACUGAUUUGGCCCAAGCAAGCGGUGUGUGUAGAAAAUGGAAACAGGGGGUGAAGCAGAGCCUUGGACGCAGAGAGAGUUUGAGCUUUGCUGGUUGGAAGAUGGAUGAUGACUCCACCGCUCGUGUUCUUCGCUAUGCUUACAGCCUCAGAGACUUAGAUAUUUCAAGAAGCCGGUGGGGUUGUCAGAUAUCCGACACCGGAUUGUACAGGAUCUCUUUGGCAAAGUGUAUCAGCAAUUUAACAUCCAUAUCGUUAUGGGGUAUUACAGGGAUCACAGACAAAGGUGUUGUUCAUUUGAUAUCCAGAGCUAAUUCCUUGCAGCGUCUGAAUAUUGGUGGCACAUUCAUCACAGAUGAAUCACUGUAUGCCAUUGCUAAUAACUGUCCACAUUUGAAGACUAUUGUUCUAUGGAGCUGCCGUCACGUAACAGAGAACGGCCUUCUCGUUCUUGUAAAUAGUUGCCGCAAGCUCGAGUCCAUCAAUGUAUGGGGGACCAGAGUUCCGGUAGAAUGCUUCAUUGCUUUGCUUACUAUCAGUCCAGCUCUUCAGAUAAAACCCAAAGGACUGCCUUUAAGUGUUGAUGCUGCUAUGUUGCCGCCUUUUGUGAUAUAAUGUGCUCAUUCUUCUACUUCUCUGUUUAAUGUUGCCCUACAUGUGUUUUCUUUCAACUCAAUGUCCUGCAUGGGAGGUUGAGGUUUCUUUAUCAGCUCAAUUAUUGCUGGUGUUUGUAUUCUUGGCUUCUUGCUCUUUCUCUGUAUAUAAUUGAAUGUAUAACACCCAACUUUUAUUCCUU